AUGCGGGAACUAGACGCCCUCAUCUCCGAGUACCGGCAUGAAAAGCAACGGCCGCGCGAAUCGGAGGCCCUGCUGAUGCUUCGCAAGAUUGCCUCCCUGGUGAAGCCGAUCAUGCGACAACGCUCCUGGCGCGUCGGCGCACUCUGCGAGUUCUACCCGCGCCAGUCGAAUCUGCUCGGAUUGAAUGUUAACACUGGGCAGAAGAUCUGCCUGAGACUACGGUAUGCCUCUGAUCAGCGCCAGUUCCUGCCUCUGGAGCAGGUCGUGGAUACCAUGUUGCACGAACUUUGUCAUAUUGUCCACGGUCCCCAUAAUCGGGAUUUUCACGCACUGUGGAACCAGCUCCGCGACGAGCACGAGGAGCUUGUUUUCAAGGGGUACACAGGCGAAGGCUUCCUCUCCGAAGGCAAGCGGCUCGGCGGAAACAGGAUCCCGCUAGACGAAGCUCGACGACGCGCUCGUGCGUCUGCAGAGCAACGCCGCGUUCUAUUCAAGAAUUCGGGGCAGAGGCUUGGAGGCGCGCCGGUGCUGCGGGGCACGGAUAUGCGCAAGAUCAGAGCGGAUGCAGCGCAGCGGCGCGUCGAAGUAACACAGGGGUGUGCGUCUGGGACAGAGCGGAGCACGGAGCUUGCUGAGGAGGCUUCGAGGAAUGGGUUCAGGACGAAGGCUGAAGAAGACGAUGCAAAUGAACAAGCUAUUCUGCAGGCUUUUAUUGAGUUGAUUCAGGAAGAGGAGAAGGAGAAAUAUGGCGAGGGCUAUGUCCCUCCGAGCCAGGAGAAUCCGGCUGGUCCGCGCACGAGGUCUUCUCCUCAUCCGCUGCCGGAAAGUGAUUGCAGCACACCACCCGCUGCUGUACCGGCGGAGAGCCCCGAAGUCCUGGAACUCACGGCCGAUAACAGCUCCUACGAAACACCGUGGACCUGUCCAACAUGCACUCUACAAAACCCGUCUAAUUUCCUGUGCUGUGACGCCUGUGCAGAGGAAAGACCAGCCCCAUCCAACACAAAGGCUACCACUGGACAGGCUCCAACAACAACAGUGAAUGUUCGCUCCGAAACACGAAAUGCAAGCAAAAGACCAUUGGAAGAAGAAGAGGACAAACCGAGGGAUACAUUUGCAUUCAAGAACCGCAGCCGUGCCGUACAUUCCCUUGCUUCCUUGGACCAGAAUGUCAAUAAACGGCCGCUGGGCUGGCUAUGUGCAUCAUGUGGUGCUUUCAUGGAGAGUCAGUGGUGGACAUGCUCUUCUUGUGGGAAAAUGAAGGAGUCUUCUUGA